GAGUAUUUAAACUAGCGCCAUAAACGCAAUUGUCAUCAGUUCAGUUUUGUUCUUCAACAAUACAACAGCAAACAAACAAUCAAACAAACAAAAUGUUCAAAUACUUUGUUCUCGUUUUCGUGGCCCUCUUCGCCUUCGCUGCUGCCGAACCUAAGCCCGCUGUUGUCGCACCAUUAGCCUACUCAGCUCCAUUGGUUGCUUCGCCCUACGCCGCCGCCUACGCCUCUCCGUAUGCUGCUUACGCUGCUGCGCCUUAUGCCGCAUACGCUUCACCCUACGCUGCCUACUCCGCUUACCCAUACAACGCCGCCUAUGUGCUCCGCAAGUAAAUGGAAUGUAGCAGAAGAACUGUGAUAGUGAUUGGAAUUGAUUGAUUGGCAAUGAAUAGGACAUAAUUUGAAAAAACAAAAAAUAAUAAAAACUAAAUUUGAUUUGA